GCAUAUAUUGUUAAAUUAGGUAUAACUAUAACUAUUCUAAUAUAACUGAAGGUAAAUAACAUGAUUUUAUAUCUUAUAUAUAUAAAAUAAGACGUUGUUACACAGAAUGCCACGCUGAGAGAGCCGCCCAGUUGCAAUUAGAUAUAAGACAGCCUGUCAAGCCUGAUGCAGAAUAUUUACAGGACACAGGAGACAGAGAGGGUUAAAGACAGCAGCUGAUCCACAUCCACAUGGCUCCACUGGCUCCAAUCCUCUUCCUCUUACUUCUGACUCAUACGUCUUCAGAUGCUGCUCCAGUGAACCUGGUCCUCCCUAGACCUCUACAACCCUCUCUUAUAUUCUCUGAAGGAGAAGAAGGCCCACAGGAGGUGACAGUGAGGCCUGGACAUGAUGUCCCUCUUCAGUGUCAGGGUCCCAGCGACAGCCCCAUCACAGUGGUGAAGUGGAGCAGAUCUGACCUGGACUCAAAUCCAUAUAUCUUCUACUUCAGAGAAAACCGCUCAGAUGAAGACUACCAGUGUCCGUCUUAUCGUGGUCGAGUGGAGCUGAGAGAUCCAGAGAUGAAGAACGGAGACGCCUCUGUGAUUCUGAAGAACGUCACCGUCAGCGACACUGGAACAUAUGAGUGUGUUGUUUCAGUCAGAAGGAAUGGAAACAGAAAGAGAAACAUUGAUCCCUUCAGCGUCAUCAAGCUGAACGUCAGACCUGUUUCUGCUCUCAGGUCAAACAGCUGGGCACAUCUGGGAGGGCGGAGACGAGGACGGAGGACACGAAGGUGGAGGAAACCUGGAUUUACAAAAUUGUAAUCCUGAGCCUGAACCUGACAAUCCAACAGUUACUUAGUGCCUCUCUGCUCACCAUUAUCUGUGACGUGCGCUGGCUGUCAUCAAUAGUUACAGAAGAUUGUCGUACUCGAGACAAAGAAGAUGGAAAGCAGAACUUUCUCCAGACUCACUGGAACCAAACCAGUGGAGUAAAGUGGUGAGACUUUCUACCUGCUGGGAUCCUCUGGUCCCACAGAGGACAACGCAGAUUUAGAAAGACUUUUAUUUAAAGAUCUUUAGUGGGCAUGACUACUGUAUUGCUUUCUUUACAGGUCUCAGAUCGGACCACCAUCAUUGAUCUUAGACCUUUACACUGCCCGACUCAUGCCUUUCAUGUUUUCUGUAAAACACUGUGAACAAAUAAACUUUUUAUUUUCCAGAACUGUUUCCUUGCUGAACUUUUGGGGAGGGACAGAAACACAA